CUUUGUGUUUCAAAGACAGUAUGCUAUCUCUUCCCAGUGUCGAAACAUAUUUCUUAUCAUCAAAGUAGACUACCUGUCUUACGACAACUCUGAUAGCGGAGCUCGGAAUUGGCACAAUCAACAUGGCGAUCUCACCGUGUGUCACGCUUGUAUUUCUCUUCACUUUACACUUUGCCGACUCGGCCUUCACUCCGGGAUGUAGUUUUUAUAACGGACAGUGUGUUUACAAUGUAAAACUUGGACAGGAGGGUCAAUGCAACUCUGUCCAAACUGCCGCCAGUCCUGCUUCAGGUGCAACUGGUCAUCUCAACGGAGAAGACUGCACGUGCAGUGACGUCACAUUGGCUAAGAACGACCUGGCGUCACUACAGGGAACUGUAUCCCAGCUCCAGCAGGCAGUGGACCACCUUUUUAAGCAACUUAACUUGACAAAAACCGAACUUGCGCAGACUAACCAACAGGUGUCUGUGAAUACCGCAGGAAACGCCGACCUGGUGGCAACCCUCCAUCAGAAAGAACUCGCUCUGAACCAGACUAACCACGAGCUAGCUAGCGUCCUCAACACAGCUGGGACGGAGAUAAAAAAUCUGAGGGAGCAACUCCAGAACGCUACCCGGGAUCUCAAUGUGUGUCAAGGAGUGGUCAAUCCCAACGGUCACAGCACUGUACCAGCACUUGGAGGGGAGUACACAACCUUCUACUGCCCGUUCCAGGACAGCCACAUAUGUGGCUUCCUUCAGGAAUCAGGCGACAGUGGUAAUUGGAUCUUCAACAGGAACACGCAUCUGCAUUCCCAGACCGGACCACAGACAGAUCAUACCUACGGAACUCCUUCAGGGUACUAUAUGUUGAUGGAUGCCGAAUCCCUAGGGAGUUCUUCAAGCCAUGUUAGCUAUUUCCGCUUAGCCUCGCCAACUUUAAAGCGUGCGAACAACUACUGCAUCAAGUUCUGGUACCACAUGUACGGAGUCGAUGUACAGGACCUCAAUGUGUAUGCGAAGGUGCACGGCGGGCUGGGCAACCCCAUCUUCAGCAGGAAGGGUAACAACGGGGCUAUGUGGCAUCUGGCGGAAAUAGACCUCAACGACGAGUACACCGCAACUGAUUUUAACAUUGUGUUUGAGGCGACCACACGAGCAUACAGGUCGUACACGUACGUAAGUGGUAGCGGCAGCCAUUACGUCUACCACAACCAAAACGGCAACAUCGCCAUCGACGAUUUCUACGCCUACAACACCACUUGUAGCAGCAUUCCUACAUGUCCUACAUCCUCGUACAAACGGAGUGUAGGCAACAUGACGUCAUGUGUGAACUUCCACUCAACGCCCCUUAACUGGUUCAAGGCCAAUGAGGAGUGUAAAAAGCAGUCUGCGCACGCGCAUUUGAUGACAAUCCCUGAUAGGGAGACCCAAAGUUAUCUCGUUCGUGUCAUCCAAAACGAUAUUGGUCUAACGGCUGCCGGUCAGAACGGUUAUUACAUCUCUGCCUCGGACGAGAAGACAGAAGGGUCGUACGUCUGGACGGACACCGGUACUUCGUACAGUGUAAACUACACGAGCUGGCACCCAGGCCAACCCAAUAACGUCGGGAGUAACCAAGACUGUGUUCUCAUGGAAUACCCAGCUGCCGACUACGACUGGGGCGACGUCGAUUGUCAAUCAAGACACCCUUACAUCUGUCAAAUCCAAUAUUAGCUUGCGCGAAGCUUCAACCAAAUAAAGGCCCUUUUCUGAAAAAAAA